CCACGGAUCGGAGGAGCUGGGGGCGGGGCCCGAGGAGGAAGGCGGCCACGACGAGGAAGAGGACGCGGCUCGGGCGAUGGAACGCGCGCGGGCGGGGGCGUUAGCCGGCUCUCCGGUUCAUGAUCAGGUGGUGCCAGCAGGAAGUUCUUCAUCCAGAGUCAUAGUACACGUGGAUCUGGAUUGCUUUUAUGCACAAGUAGAAAUGAUCUCAAACCCGGAACUAAAGGGCAAACCUUUGGGGGUUCAGCAGAAAUCUUUGGUGGUUACCUGCAACUACGAAGCUAGGGAACUUGGAGUAAAGAAACUUAUGAGUGUUCGAGAUGCAAAAGAAAAGUGUCCCCAGCUGGUGUUAGUGAAUGGAGAAGACUUGACUCGUUACAGAGCGAUAUCAUAUAAGGUUACAGAGUUGUUGGAGGAAUUUAGUCCAGUUGUUGAGAGGCUUGGAUUUGAUGAAAAUUUUGUGGAUGUAACAGAAAUGGUUGAGAAGAGACUGCAGCCGCUGCAAAGUGAUGAACUCCCAGCACUGACUGUGUCGGGUCACGUGUACAACGAUCAGUCUAUAAACCUGCACGACAUCUUGCACAGGAGACUGCUUGUCGGGUCUCAGAUGGCAGCAGAGAUGCGGGAAGCCAUGCAUGACCGGCUGGGUCUCACUGGCUGCGCUGGAGUGGCUUCCAAUAAGUUACUGGCAAAAUUAGUUUCUGGCGUCUUUAAACCAAAUCAACAAACAGUCUUAUUGCCUGAAAGUUCUCAAGACCUCAUUCUCAGUCUGAAACACAUAAAAGAAAUGCCUGGUAUUGGCUAUAAAACUGCCAAACGCCUUGAGGCACUGGGUAUCAGCAGUGUGCCUGAUCUCCAAACCUUUCCAUCCAAAAUACUAGAAAAGGAAUUAGGAAUUUCAGUUGCUCAGCGUAUCCAGAAGCUCAGUUUUGGAGAGGAUAACUCUCCUGUAACACCAUCAGGACUACCUCAGUCCUUUAGUGAAGAAGAUUCAUUUAAAAAAUGUUCAUCGGAAGCUGAAGCUAAAAGUAAGAUUGAAGAACUACUUGCUAGUCUUUUGAACAGAGUACGCCAAGAUGGAAGGAAGCCACAUACAGUGAGAUUAACAAUCCGCCGGUAUUCGUCUGAGAAGCACUAUAACCGCGAGAGCCGCCAGUGCCCCAUCCCACCCCACAUGAUUCAGAAGUUAGGGGCAGGUAGUUAUGAUGCGAUGACCCCAAUGGUUGAUACAAUCAUGAAACUUUUUCGAAACAUGGUGAAUGUGAAGAUGCCAUUUCAUCUAACCCUUUUAAAUGUGUGCUUCUGCAACCUUAAGGCAGUAAACACUGCUAAGAAAGGGACUAUCGAUUAUUACUUAACACCGUCAUUAUCAACAAUGUCACACCCCGGCAAGCGCAGUUUUAAAAUGAAAGAGACUCAUAUGGAGGAUUUUUCCAAGGACAAAGAAACAAAUUGGAAUUCUCUACCAACUGGAAGAAUUGAAAGUACAAGAGCUGGAAAGUCUCCACUAGAUACUAUAAAUUUUUCCAGAGGAGACAGCGAUGAAUUCCCACUCUCUUCACUUCCUGAGGGUAUUGACCAAGAAGUCUUUAAGCAGCUUCCAGUAGAUAUUCAAGAAGAAAUCCUUUCUGGAAAAUCUAGAGAAAAGGUUCAAGGGAAAGGAAGUUUGAGUUGUCCAUUACGUGCCUCCAGAGGAAUAUUAUCUUUCUUUUCUACAAAACAAAUCCAAGAAAGUCCAUUAAAUCCUAGAGAUCAUGUGUCUAAUAGCAAACAGAUGCUCUCUGUAUCUCCCUGUGAACCAGGAACCUCAGGCUUAAAUAGCAGUAGUUCCUCUCAUCUGUCUAGCCAAAAGGAUUGUUCACAUUCUCUAGACAGUAGAUUAAAAGUUGAAGGAAUGAGUCAAAGGCCUAAAGAAUCUCAAGGAUUCUGCUUUCCAAAUACAAAGCCCACAGUAUCUAUUUUCCAUUCGUUUCCAAAUUCACAGAGUGAGCAACUUUUCUCCAAAAACCUCACUACAGAUAGCCAUAAGCCACCGACAGCAACAGUGCCUCAUCAUGAAGCACUUGCAGAAAAUAGAGAGCAAGGUUCUUCCGCUGAGAAAGUUACUUUUCCUUCUGACGUUGACCCUGAAGUUUUCUACGAACUACCAGAAGAGGUACAAAAAGAGCUGGUGGCUGACUGGAAGAGAAGAGGAUCGGAGUUCCACAAUGUACAUAAAUAGGCAUGCUGAGGAAAAAAGGUCUAAAAAGCAAGGGAAAGACAUUAAAGCUCAUCUGAAUUAAACACUAAUAGAUAUUUAAUAAUGUAGCAAUCCAAUAUAAAAUGUUCCAAAUAAAGCAAGAAUACCUAUGGGAAGUAAAUUGUGGCACAAAGUAUAAAAAUUUAUAACAGAAGAAGUAAUGUGUAACAUUACCUUCCUCUUAUUUUUAAAACUAUUUUAUAUUGCUUUUCAAUAAAAAAUACUUUGGUAAGCAUUAGUACAUUUCUCAUAUAUUGAGGGGCAAGGUAUAUGUGCCAGCAUAUAAGAAGUAGACUGGCCAAAUCAUUGCUAUGCAAUAGCAAAGAACUUUUUUUUCCUGUGAAAAUUGAGCCCAUUAAGAAAUAGCCAGAUAGUCCUGGCUGGUUUGGCUCAUUGGAUUGAGUGCCAACCUAAGAAUCAAAAGGUGGCAGGUUCGAUUCCCAGUCAGGGCACAUGCCUGGGUUGCAGGCCAGGUCCCAGUAGGGAACAUGUGAGAGGCAACCAAUGAAUGGUGAAUGUUUCUCUUGCAGAUCCAUGUUUCUCUCCCUCUUUCCCCCUCCCCCCUCUCCAAAAAUAAAUGAAUAAAAUCUUUUUUUAAAAAAAGAAACAGCCAGAUAAGUUCUAUGACCAACUUAUUAAUGCCUCUUAUUACACCUAGCACCUACCAUCAUGCCUGGCACACAGAGGGCACUCAGUAACUACUGAGCAAAUAAAUUGGGUGGCAGGGAGUGUAUUUACGUGUCAUGGAGAAGGGGAAGGAGCCUUCCAUGCAGGUAGAUUAAGGGAAGGAUGGACACCCGAAGUGCAAGGUGGAGGAUCUAGAAGAGUUCUCGAUAGUGGAAGAAGUCCAUUUCCUUCUGGCCAGUCUAGGGUCUACAAACAGUGGAUUACAUGUUUUUGCAUCUUCCUAAAUUUUGGAGGUGAGAUUCAGAGUAUCACACAAUAAAUACACAGUUACUAAAUUGAUAGAUGUCUGUUUUCUCUCAUUGUUACUGCCUUCACCUUUUGCCUGCCAGAUCAAAAUUUAGAUAAAAGAUUGUGGAUAUCUUGUGAUUGUAAGACAUAAAGAAUGUUUCCAGAACACACCCAAGCAUUAUGUAGCACUGUUUGGGGGAGUCCUGUUUAUAACAUUUGCAUGUAUAAUUUAAAGACAAAAAUAAAGUACACAAAUGUGAAUAAAGACUAGCCUAAAAGUACUUUCUUCUAGGUAAGGAGUUUGAACUUCAUUUCAGAUUUUUUUAAAUUUGAAAAUCCCCUAACCACCAAGGAUCUUUAACAGGGAGUUUGAGGUUAUCAAAAACAGUAACUUGUAGCAAGAACAUCAGAAGUUACUCAACCAUGCAGGUAUUUAGUGCUGUGGACCAAGGACUAGAGAAGUUUCUACAUGUAGUAUUCUGAUAAGGUGGUUAAACCCAUAAAAGGAGUUCAUCACUUUUUUAGAUAAUUCAUUUUUUAAAAUUAUCCAAUAAUCCUUACAAUUAUUUCAGCCAGAAAUCAGUAUCUGACUAUCGUUUAUCUUAUCUGCUUUUAAUAAAAUGAUCUUUUUUUCCUUUGC